CGGGGCGCGAUCGUUGAGCGUGGUCGGGGCUUCGGGUCCGUCCUAGCUUUGAUUAAUGUGUUAUAGUGACUUCGAACACGAAAGGAAGGGAGUGGUGUUUUGCGAAAGGGAGGGAUGUGUCUCUGAGCCAGUACUGCACUGCACGUCAAGGCCGGGCUCGCUGCUCUUCUACCAACCAUUCACGCCUCCACCCGCGUAGUCUGAAACUUGGGUGGGCGAGAUCAGGAUACGAUCGUCGUGCCCGCAACAUGAUCCGAUGGCUCUGCGGCGUUUGUUAUCGUAUGAGAACUGGACGAGGAGCCGCUUGGGCAAGCCAUGCGCGGAGGUGUUCCCGAAAUGAACAGUGUGGCCUUGUUGGUUGUGUGGCCUUAUGUCGAGGGUGUCGCCCGUGACCAGCCUCCGGACUUGUGCCGUGACGUCGUCUCCACGGUAGCGCAGACAUUUAGCUAUGAAAUCAUCGGGCGGCAAGUACUCGACUGGGUCGUGCGUACCUUCGAUGUGGUCCGGUACGUUUCCGUAGUAGGCAAAGUGCACGACGAGCCGCGGCCGCGCGCAGAAAGACACCAACGUCGGAUGCAGCAGAACGCACAGACCACGGCUGCCAUUAAUGCUCUUCGGCACCGCCCUCCCCAGUCCGGGCUGCGGGAGCACGAAGGCGCGGGCAUAUGUGCUGAGCUUGCAUGCAGCCUUUGCAUCGACCAUUGGCAGGAUCUCGUUUACGAUGAGCUCGGGCGGUAAAUCAUGGAGCCAACGCAGACCGGGCUGGCCAUACCACUCGAUGCGGGGUUCCUGUCUUGCCAUCGCUGCGUCAAGUGCGUGAUCUCCAGAAAUUUCCGCUGGCUCUUAGCUGCUCUGUGCAUGUGCAGGGAGGCUUUGUUUGCCGGCGGCAAGAUGGCCACGAACGAAGGGGCUGCCGCGUCAACUCAUGAAGACGCUGCCGCAGCGGCGCCGGCGCCGGCGGCAGGGCGCCAUGAGUUCGCUGAAUCGCUGCCGGACCUGCUCGGCAAGCUUCCUGAGCGCGCUCGGAAACUCGUUGUUGAAUUUCUCUUCGGCGAGCAAGCCAAGGAAGCGCAGGAGUCGCAAGCCAGCGCCGAGGUCCUCGAUCUGGAGAAAUUGACGUUGCGUGCGGAGACCGCGGAGCUCCAAGCCGAGGUAGCGCGAAGUAAGGAGGAGCUCAGAACUGAACGCGACGUCAACAAACAGCAGCGCGCGGAAAUAGCCGCUCUCAAGCGUCGUUUGCAGGCGGUCACGCCCACCAGUCCGUCUCUCUCGAUCGUCGCGUUCAACACGCAAGGUUUGAAGAUCCUAGAUCCGGAGUUCAAAGACGACUUUGAGUGGCUGGUGGGAGUAUUGGCCGAGUAUGACGGUAUCAUGCUGUCGGAGGUAUUCGAAAAGUCCAAAGAUGAACGGGUGGGAAGGCUAAAGGAGAUGCUCGAGACAAGAUCCAGGCAGAAUUGGCAGGUGUGCUAUUCCGAAGGGUCGGGCGCAAAGGGUGCAGAAUCGAGGAAGAGACUACAAGUGCACGCGGUCUUGCUCAAGAGUUCGCUGGAGGUUCUGCGCACGACGACGACCCACACAAUAGGCGGCCGAGUUAUGGCCUACGCGCCCUUCUCGGUGUUGGUGCGUGUCCCCGCGUUCUUCUCCGAAGACAAGAAGAAGGUGCAGGAUGUCUGCAUUACGAGCGUGCACCUGCCGCCGUCGUCCAAGCGAAAAGAGCGGGACCAGCAGGCGCGGGCCCUGUUCGGGAAUUACGCCAGCGAGGUGGCACGGGAUGCGUUGAAGGUACCCUUCACACGCCAAGGUGCAAGGGAGGCGAAGAAACAGCCGGUAGCUCACAUCGUCGGCGGCGAUGAAAACGCGAGUAGCAACCACCUAAAAGAGCUUGGCGCAAGCGACGCUAACGGGUGGCACGUCGGCCUUGGAAACGAAGUCAAUACAUCAUCCGGUGACCAGCCGUACGACAACUUCGUGAUAUCGAAGGAGACGACGCAGGACUCAUUCGUCACUGAGUACCGCGUGCACGAGUUUCCAAGGCAGAUGGCCAACAACAAAAUGGGCGUGAAGGGGGUUUCGGACCACAAGCUCAUAGGGCUGCGGAUAACCCGGACCACAGACCGCGCUGGCGGCAGAUAAUCAAGGCGGCGUCGUUGCCGAUUUCGUAAUGCCACCUCCGUCCUCACCGACGGGGCCGGGUCACAAGUCCGGAAUUCAAGCAGCAGAGCGCGAAAUCCCCUGCCUAACUUCGCUGUGAAAAGUGAGUAUGUAGGAAGUAUGUAGGUCUUAUUAAUAUCCCCCCCCCUUUUAGUGUGCUUCAAAGUUAAGUUGUAGUUAGUAUGCAACUGGGAAUUUAGAGAAGGG